CGCAUCUCAGAUACAAACCAAUUCCUUCUGGCCCUGACAGCCUUCAGCAUCAGCGGAAACUUGACAAGUGCUUCCCAGCAGCGCACCAUGCCCUCUAUAUUCAAUCUACACUUUUCCUCUGCGGUGAUGCUGGCCGCUCUGCUUCUCUGCGCUUCCGGCGCUCCGAUUGAAGACGGAAGUGUGGCAGGUGACUUCUCAGGUGAGGAGACAGAGGAGGCGGAGAUGUCCACUGUCAAGCCUUUCAAUAUAUGGAGGUCACUCUUUGACUCAGCUCAAGAAUACGAGAAAGCGUUUGAGCACCAUUUCCAGACUCUGGAGAAUCGUGAUCAAGCUUUGGACUCCCACACCCCCGCCUCUAUCCCGAAGCACUGCAAUAUUACCAAGUUCAGAAAGGACGCUUGUCUCCAGACGCUGGCCAAGGGUCUGCUCAUCUACUCGGUUUUACUCAAGCACGUAGAGAAGGAGUACCGCAGCAGUUUGAACUUCUCCGACGCUCCGUCAAACAUCGGCACUCUGAUCGACCUGGCCGGCAUGGUCAAAGGAAAAAUGAAAAACAGAAAUCAAGUCACACCGCUGACCAGCAGUGAGGAGGAGCAGCUUCUCAAGGAGGUCAACAGCCCAGAUCCUUACCACAGAAAGUUGCACGCGUACAGCAUCCUGAGAGCCCUCAAAGCGUUCCUGAGUGAGGGGAAAAGAGCUGUUUGUAGAAUGGAAAAGCGAGUGAACCAAUCAGCAGAUACCAGUUGUUAAAAAGACAAAUAAUGCUCAAAUUAUAUUCAAUUAUGAAAUAAUAGCUCAGGGAAAACUGGAUGGUUUUGACACUCCUACUUUCUCAAUGUCAUAACCAUGCUCCUUCGAGUGCACUGACUCCUCUGGGUAGAGCAGGCCCCACAGCAACAUACUAUGUAUGUAGAAUCACCUGCUAUGCUAUUCUUAACUUAUUUAGCCUAUUUAUAAUUGGUAGAAAUUAUUUAUUAGAGAAAAAUCUAUUGUGUGGGAGAAUUACAGUGUAAAUACAAUUUGCACUGUACUUGAUAUUAGCAGUUCUGGUGCUGAUUACUAUUUAUUGGUAAAGAAUUUAAAGUACAGUGAUCUGUUAUGUAAAACAGCUGACUUUAUUUUUUUGCAUAUGCUGAAAUAAAAAAAUACUUUGCAUAAAAAGCAAGGACUUUUUCUUUUCCCCGACAUUUCACACAUUUCAACGCAGCAACGCAUUCUGCAACUGUAUGAAUGUUGACACUUAGAUUUAGAUCAGUCAACUCAACACAUUUAUAUACACACAUUUGAAGGUGGCCGGAAAAUGUUCCUGUUAAUCUAUGACUAUGACUCAUUAGCAUGUAAGAUCAGAUUAUGUUUUGAUACAUUUGAUAUAUCAAAACUUUAUAAUUGCUCAGUAAAAUAUUUGCUACCAGUUCCUUCUGCAUGAAAGCGACUGGAUUGUUUAGAAUAAGGAAGAAAAGAGUCAUUUCUUUGAGGAUUUAUUUUCAGAAAUGUUAAAUUACAAAUAAAACGAAAAUGAAAUAAAACAAAGAAAACACAGGAAACAAAUGGUACAGCCAAACAUCAGUGCUUCACAUCAACAAAAAUAACCCUAAAUAACCCCGAUAGUCCAACCAGCGUGUAUUUCAAGGGACAAACCUGUUCACACAUCUCGGUACAUGUACCAUAGUUACAGGCUACAUGGAAAUGGAUAACGUCCAAUCAUUACUUUACAGAUAGUGAGAAAUAAUGUACAAAUGUCAUCUGAUCGUUAUUAUUUUUAGA